AUGCAAUUUAAGAGUCUUGUUCUCUCCGUCUUCGUCGCUACCGCGUCAGCUGGAUAUGUCCAAAUAUGUGGUAAUGGGGGGACUUGUACCGACACUGGCAGUGCCAACAAGAACACCUGUAUCGGCCCAGUAACCGGUAAUGGAUUUACCUUCACGGCUCAUGACAUGGACCCCCUAAACAGCAUGUCUAUCUUUGCGGAUGAGGGAUGCUGGAACUACAACGUUGCUUAUUGUGAUGAUUGUACCAGUGUUACUUACAAUGGAAAGGGUCCUGUCUGGGCUAUUUUCCAUUAG